AUGGACGUUCCACCCUUUAUAAGGGUAUCUUUGCAGGUAUGCGAUGGUUUAGAGAAUAAGCUGUCGAAAUUUGUCAGGGUUGGUGCAAUAACUUUGCAGAAUCCGGGCCUUGCUCCAGGUCAUGGACUAGAAGAAGGGGAAAAUGCCUCAAAUCCCAUAAAAUCUACACAAUUUCCGGUUAAUAAAGAUGUUAACUCUGAAUUUACCACAAGUGGAUCUGGAAAAGGGUACACAUUACAGAAUUACGGACCAUAUUCAAAGCACAUUGUAAAUUGCAAUGUAGAAGAUAUCACGAAUUAUACACUCUUUAAUGCAAUUCCAGGAAUAAACGAGAAAUUGAAGAGUACAAGUGAAGCUAGGAAUGAUCAAGAUGAUACCGAGCAAAAGAAUGAAUGGCAUGUAUUCAGGGACUCGGAUUAUCUAUCGCACAACUUAAAAAACCUCUCAGAAAGGACUUUUAACAAAGUGAAGUUGAGAACAAAAUUGGUAAAGAUUUUAACUCACAGAAUAUUGAGUGUAAAGGACCAUUUUUCACCCUCACAGCUCUCCAGAUUAAUCUUUGCAAUAUGCAAUUCGGAUAUGAAAUUUGCACCACUUUUGGAUGAAUUGUGCCAAACAUAUCUCCAACAUUGUGAAAAUCGCAAAUUUGACGCUUUAAAUUCUCUGAAUGAGUCCGAAAGAGUGAGUUUUCUGGCUUGUAGUGAAUAUGCGCAAAGAAAUUCAAAACUUGGUAGCACUGCCCUUGUCAUUGAUGAAUCGAUAAUAAGGCACUUGCUUGUUUUGUCUUCCAUAUCUCUAUACAGAAAGAAUACAACGGCCAUAACUGUGCAUCAUAAAGGGUCCGAUAGUUGUACGGAAAACCCUCCAACUAAAGAACCGACCGCAAAACCUAAUCCAUUAAACUCUACGGAUGAUUUACUGAGGAGAGCAGAAGCCAGACUUUUAUCGUUUGUUGAGGAACAAAUAAAUUCUAACUUGUCUAGAGAAACCAUUUUACUUUCUCUGCAAACAAUGAUCAUUUAUGAUGGAAGUAAUGAGGGAAUUGUGAAGAAACUAUUGCAAAUCGUUAAUGUUGAUGAUUUUACAAUAUCAGAACUCUGUACUCUGAUGCAUAGCUGUACCUUGUUGAGCAAAAUUAGCGACAAUCGCAUACAUACAACUAUAGAGUCCGCAUUGGAAAGGAUAACAAAAAUGGUUAGGGAGGGAGCUAGACUUCCUACAAGUGAACUGUCGCAAAUGUUCCACUUUUUUUACUUGAGUGGUAGACUAGAACAUGAGCUUAUGGAUGAACUAUGCAACAUUGCAGUGAAGGAACAUGUAAAAUUUGACAACAACACAGAGUUUUAUCGUACUACAUUUCCCCUGGCAGUUUCUAACAAGUUGAGACUUCCAGAUGUUGGAAAGUGGAUUCUCCAUGAAAUGGCUUCAAAUUCUAAUCGUUACAUACUUGACAUAUCGCAAUUUCUAUUUAUGCUUACCAGUGUGGGCAGUGCGAUAAAGCUGGAAAAAAACACAAAGCCACUGGACUUUGAGGACGAUAUUUACGAAAAGGCUCUAAUGUAUCUCAAGGGUAGUUUUUAUUUCCCAAGCAACAAAUCUGCAUUGAAACAUUUAUUUGAAAAGGCACUUGAGGUUCUUCCAAAAUGCACAGGCGACCAGUUUGUUCAGUUUACACAAGCAUUUACGCAUCCAAUUGUGAAGCGUGACACUAGACUGAAAUUGCAACUUUUGAAAGAAUGCAGAGACAGAGUCAAUACUAUAAAUCCGGGAGGGAUACUUCACGUUGUGGAGUUUAUUCUUUGGCUUUAUGGUAAAAAUACCGACGCUAUAACGGCCGUGAAUCUCUACAAGGAAAAGGCUCUAUCAGACAUUACUGCAUACAAUGUAGGAGGCUUGGUGGCAGAAACUACGAUUUAUAUGGAUUCAUUUCUUACGGAUGUUUCUAUCCUCUCAAACCUCGUCUACCUUUUCAAUUGGUGUGAUUUAAAUUCCCCUGAUCUCGCCCUCGAAGUUGCGACUCUAAUAUCCGCAAAUGAUUGCAAGAUGAUUUACAAUGCUACUCUUGGUCAAUUAUCGCAAAUAUUUCAUUAUUUAGCUUGUUCAAUGCCAAAACAUGAGGUCUAUGAUGUCCUGGCAAUUAUGAUACUCGACCGACUGAGCCAUUGUUCUCCAGUCUCUAGGGAUUUUUCAAACGAAAAAUCAAGGGGAUCUAGUCCAGUGAACGUCCACAAAACUCCACUCGUACAUUCACAUUCAGAAGAAAACGGCUCUACAUUCCCAUGUUAUGCAGAGGAUUUAAUCAUAAUUCUGGAGGCCCUUUUGGUCACCUCGCUGGCGCCAAGAUACAAGCAACUUUUGGACAAACUUGAAGAAAUGAGCCUCGCCAUGACUGGAUCAACAAAGGUGAUGAAGACGUUGGCACAAACCCUCUCCAAGGUCACAAAUAUGGACUACACCAUCGAAGAAGGCGACGAAUCCAGGGUCAUUCCUGUAUCAUAA